AUGUUGGAUGCUGGUGCUAUUUCGGUGAAGAAAGUUCGGGUUGCCGUCGUUGGAGACAAGCAUGUGGGCAAGACCUCACUGAUCGAGACGUUUGUGACCAGCGUCUUCCCUUUAAACCCUGCUGAGCAACCGGAAGCGCAUAAGAUGUUCUACAUCGGCGAGCAGCGCUAUCUCUUUACGCUCGUCGAGAUGCGUGAGGAUUGGGAGAAGAAGCGCCAGUACGCCCAUGACAUCGAGGCCGUACUGUUGUGCUACGACGGAGAGAGGGAGCAGGAGGCCCGACUUUCUGAGAAGUGGACUCCUCGCAUAGCUGAGUGGUUCCCCACGGCGAAGGUCUACCUGGUGCGCACGAAAUGUGACCGUCUUUACGACAACUAUGACGAUGGACAUAGCCCUGCCGACGUGGCCAAGGAGCUGAACGCCGUCAAGGCCUUCGAAUGCUCGGCACAGGAUCAGACGGGCAUCGACAAACUCUUCAAGGAGCUCGCCGAGGCACAUGACGUUGCGCAUCCGGAAGACAAGGGCCGCCCCCAGCUGGGCGAGGGCCCUUUGACUGAAGGCUCGCGCUCAGCUCCUCGUGGCUGUGCGGGCAUCGGAAGCUCGAUUGUUUCGGCCGUUGCCGCGUCGGUUCCCUUGGUCAAGCAAGUCGGCUACAACCUCAAGGAGAUUACAUGGAAUCCCGACUGCUUCCCGGCUGCUAAGGAGCGGAUUAAUUACUAUGUCCCAUUCCUCUUCCGCACCCGUCCCUCCUACGACUACAAACGCAUCGAGGAAGAGCAUCGCCUCCAUGAAGCUUAUAUCGACCAGCAGCGCAAAGACAAGGAAGCCGCAGUUCAGGCCAAGGCAGCUUCCUCCCAGAGCCAGUCUGAAUCGAUCGAGGGAUCUUCGCCACCGAAUGAUGGGAAAGCUGACGGAGCCGCCCGAAAACCU